AUGAAACAAAAGCACAUGUAGAGAUGACGAAAGAAAACAUAUAUACUGAUGUAAGAGGGAAUACUGAAUAUUGUGAUAUACCGAGGAAGGAGGAAGGGAAACACGCACUUAAAGGGAUAAAUAGUUCCAGUCUUUUACAAUGUAACUCUUCUCAAGAAAUUCUACGACUUCAAAACCUGUGCAGGGGAGACAAUAGGAAUGAAGGAAAUGUAAGUGGGGAAAGAUUUCCUGAAAUAUCAGACAUUCAGAUGCAUGUGAAUACCCAUAAGGAAGAAAAAACGUAUAAAUAUCUGGGGUGUAAGAAAGGGGUUGUGCAGAAAAACACCCUGAUUUCCCAUCAAAGAACUCGUGCAGAGGUGAAACCAUAUAAAUGCCCGGAGUGCACAAAGAGCUUCAGUAAGAGUGGGCAGCUUAGUAUCCAUCGAAGAAUUCACACAGGGAAGAGACCAUAUAACUGCCUGGAGUGUGGGAAAAGUUUCAUUGAAAAAGGAAACCUUAGGUCCCAUCAAAGGAUUCAUACAGGAGAAAAACCAUAUAAAUGCCUGGAGUGUGGGAAAAGUUUCAGUCACCGUGGACACCUUAUUGUCCAUCAAAGAAUUCACACAGGGGAGAAACCAUAUAACUGCCUGGAGUGUGGGAAAAGCUUUAUAGACAGUGGAAGCCUCAAGUCCCAUCAAAGAAUUCACACUGGAGAGAAAAAAUAUAAAUGCCUGGCAUGUGGGAAAAGCUUUAGUCAGAGUGGAAGCCUUAAAUUGCAUCAAAGAAUUCACACAGGAGAGAAAAUAUAUAAAUGCCUGGAGUGUGGAAAAAGCUUUGGGCGGAAAGAUUCCUUUACUUACCAUCAAAGAACUCACACAGGGGAGAAACCAUAUAACUGCAUGGAGUGUGGGAAAAGCUUCACUAACAGAGGAUACCUCAAGUCCCAUGAAAGGAUUCACACAGGAGAGAAAAAAUAUAAGUGCCCUGAGUGUGGAAAGAACUUCAGUCAUAGUGUAGGCCUUACUUUGCACAAAAGAAUUCACACUGGAGAGAAACCAUAUAAAUGCCUGGAGUGUGGAAAAAGCUUCAGUCAGAGUUCACAUCUUAGUUGCCAUCAGAAAAUCCACACUGGGGAGAAACCAUAUAAAUGUUUGGAGUGUGGGAAGACCUUCCAUCAGAGUUCACAUCUUAAUGUCCAUCAGAAAAUUCACACAGGGGAGAAAUCAUAUAAAUGCCUGGAGUGUGGGAAAAACUUCAGUCUGCGUUCACACCUUACUUCUCAUCAAAGAAUUCACAGAGGGGAGAAAAAAUAUAAAUGCUUGGAGUGUGGAAAAACCUUCAGGCACAGUGGAAGCCUUAACUCUCAUCAAAGACUUCACAGAGGGGAGAAAAAAUACAAAUGCCUGGAGUGUGGAAAGAGCUUCAACGAGAGUUCAAAUCUUCGUCGCCAUGAGAAAAUUCACACAGGGGAGAAACCAUAUAAAUGCCUAGAAUGUGGGAAAAACUUCAGUCUCCGUUCGGAACUUACUUCUCAUCAAAGAAUUCACACAGGGGAGAAACCAUAUAAAUGCCUGGAGUGUGGAAAAACCUUCAGGCAUAGUGGAAGCUUUAAUUCCCACCAAAGAAUUCACACAGGGGAGAAACCAUAUAAAUGUAUGAACUGUGGAAAACGUUUUUGUCAGAGAACUGCCCUGACUGUUCAUGAAAGAAUUCACACGGGAAAGAAAGCAUAUAAAUGCCUGGAGUGUGGAAGAAGCUUCAGUAAGAGUUGAAAUCUUACUUCACAUCAAAAAACUCACAUUGGGAAGAGAAACAGAUAAACGCUGUGGCUAGACAUUGCAUCAAAGCAAAUUGGAUCAGAAAAUUAGAAAGCAAGGCAACGAAACAGUAUAAUACAUACAAUACAUAAUGCAGCAAAAGCUCUCUAAAAAUAUUUAGAGAUUGUGUAAAACUGACUAAAACAUUCUCCAAUCCUGUUUCCCUUGUAAAAAUGUCCUCUAGCACCAUUCAAUUUUAAACAUCCUGUGGAAUGAUAAAAUUGUGGGGGUCUACCUGACCUCAUCAAGCAGGCCAUUCCACCAACUGGGAGCCAUAAUGGAGAAUGCUUCUGUUCUGGGCUGCUGCUGAUCUCACUGAUACGAGCAAAGAUGUUGCCGUGUGAGGCUGUCCUGUAGAGAUGUGAGACUUAGGCCCAGAAUGACUUUGUGAGUAAUAACUAGGCACUUGAAUUGAACUUUAAAACUAACAAGUAGCCAGUGGCGUGACUGUGAAAUCGGGUUGAGGCAUUCUGUACCAGCUGGAGUUUCUGGCUUCAAGAGAAGACCCUUACAGAACGUAUCACAGUAGUCUAGCUGGCAGGUUAUUAUGGAAUGGAUCCACAGAUCCAGGUCAAUGUGACAAGCACUUGUCUGUGCAUAAAAAAAGGAUAAGCUGAGUCAGAUUUUACCCAGGGUUCUCUGCCAGGUUCUUUCACAGGCUGGUGAUGUUCCUGGCUGCUAGGUGCAGGGUGGGGGGGGGGAGCGCGAUUCUCUCCGCUCCUGCUAAGAGCCCCUGGUCCCGAGAUUGUGAGCAAGAGGAGAAGAAGAAGAGUUUGAUUUAUACCCCGCCCUUCACUUGGAAGUCU